AUGAUAAAAAUUUAUCUUUUAAUAUUUUUGUUAAUUCUUUUUUCAUCCUUAAGUUAUUUAUCAGAAUCAAGUAACCCAAAAUCAUUUGAGAAAAAACCAGAAGAUAUUAAUGAAAACGCUACAAUAUGUUCAGAUAUAAUUAUAUAUCUAAAUAUUACUGAUAAAUUGGCACCCCAUAGUCUAAAUGAAUUCAAAAAAAAAUGCGUUACCCAUAUAGUUAAAAUAAAAAAAAAUUUUAAUCAUAAGGAUACAAUAGGUUUUUCAAAUGAAUUUAUAUUAAGUCUUAUACAUAUGAAAUCUCUUCAUGCAAGUGGGGAUGAAACGGAUGCUUAUAAUAUAAAACAUAUUUUAAGUAAAUUACAAGUUAACCUAAACGAAAAUAGUAUAAAUGACAAAGUUAGAGAUCUCAUAAAAUUUAAUAAAUUUUUAUUAGAUACAUCUAAUGUCAAAGAUAUAGAAGAAUUUCUAGUAUUAAGUAGUGAUAAGGAUGAAUAUAUGAACGAAUCAAAAAAAAAUGUAAUAUCAACUGUAAAAAAUUCCUUCAAACAUCACAUGCAUUUUUUUAUAAAAAGUGAAGAAAAAAUAUAUUUAAAAAAAGAAUUUCAUGGUCAAAAAUUCCUUGAUAUAUAUAAAGAAUUUAUUUGUGUGCAUCAUAUUCAUCUGUGUCAAAUUUUUUAUCAACAAGUUGAAAUAUAUUUGAAGAUGAAAGCCAUUUUUUAUGGAUUAAUAAAUUAUAUUGAACAAUAUUCUCAACAAUUGGUUAAAAGUGAUUUAUCAAGAAUUUUAAGUUUGAAUAAAAAAGAAGGUGAUUUAGUUCAACUUUUAAGUAACUAUGCGUUAGAUGAAGAAGAAUAUGUUAUUAAAAGAAUGUUUAUGACAAAUAAUACACCUAUGUUAGAAUUACAUAAAAAAGAUAAUGAAAGAAAUCAAAAGUCUGUUCCUGAUAAGAAAGCAGUAAAAGUUAUAGAUCUAAAAAAAGAAUUAGAAAGUUUAGAAAAGUAUGAAGAAUUAAUAAACUUAACAAAAAGGUAUAUACGUUCAAUUACAGAUAUUGAUGCAGAUAUUUCAUCUCUCGUUGAUGAAUUAGAUCAAUUGGAUAUAGAAAAAUUUUUGUUGGAUUUAAAUUUCCUUAUAAAUUAUGGUUUUUUACGUAUAACUGAAGAAAAAUUAGGGAUAUUCGAGGAUGAUAUUUUACUAACUUAUAUAAAUUUAUAUAGAGCUAAUAAUAUAAUUUUUUUAUAUCUACUAAAAAUAAAAUAUGAAAAAUUCAAACGUUCUGAGCACCAUGCAUAUGAAUAUCAUGAUCAAAACAAAAUUCCAACAGUGAGUAAUGAAACUAUACAAUCUCAUUUAAGCCAAACAAACAAAUAUACAAAUUUAAAAGAAUUCGAUAAAAAUGUAAUAUUUCAACAUUUUAAAAAGAGUUUGACUGAAGUCCUUGAAAAUUUUGAUGUGUCGUCAUAUGAUGAAUCAAAAAUUGAGUAUUUUUUUACCAUGGCAUUUAAAAAUUGCAAUAUAAAUCAAAAUUAUUCAAGAAACUCAGCGGAAAUGUGGAUAAGUUUUUUAUAUACAUACGACAACUAUGGAUGGUUUUUUUUUAAUCCAAAUAAUACAAUUAGCGAAAUCCGUAAAGAACAUUUUAUUAGACACAUUUUAGGUUACAGAAAUUUUAUUAUGAGAAAUAGUAACGCAUUAAUGCAUUUAGAUACCCAAGUGUCCAAGUUAAUUGAUUUUAUAUAUUUAGUUUUAGGAAUGGAUUAUUCCUCAUAUGUUUUAAAUUUUUCUAUACAAAGUAACUUCUUUAAAUAUGAUUUUGAAACAUUUAAAUUUGAUAAUUUAAAAACGAAAUUUAGCUAUGAUUGUAUAGAUUCCAUUGCAAAUAAUUAUUACUUUUUUAAUGAUGAAGAAAAUGAAGUUUUUAAUACUGAUUAUAAUGAUAAUUUUUAUAUGAAUCUUCCGAAUAUAUAUAGCCUUGCAUACCAAUUAUUCAAUGAGUUAGCUAUUAAUAUUAAUGUUAUUACUAAUACUCCUUUAAAAAAAAGAUUAAAAAAUAGAUCAAGUUAUGCUUAUUUUACUAUAAUGAAUAUUCUUGGAAAUAAUAAUGACAUUUAUUCUAAAAAUAUCCGUCAUGUAUUUGCUUCGUAUGUUUUAGCUUUAGUAUUUUUUAUUGAAUCACAUAUAGAUAUAUCUAGAUAUAAACCAAAGGAUCUUUUUUUUUUAAAGCAAUCUUAUCCUCUAAUAGAUCAUAAAUAUGCUGACGAUUUUAAAGUGGUGGAAGAUAAUUGCAAGUUAUUAUUUGAUUUUAUGAAAAUUUAUAAAAAUUCAAAAGCAUCUCAUUUAAGCCAUGUAGAAGAAGUUAUGAAAUUUUUAAACUUAAUAAUAAUUGUUUUAUGGGGUAAAGAAAGCAAGAAAUCUCUUUAUUAUGAUGAUGAUGUUAGCUUAUAUAAAAAAUUACUAAUUAGUUGUAUUUUUAAUGGAGGAUUAUCAAUUCAGGAUAAACUUAUUGCAGAUAUCACAAAAUCAUGUGACAUUUCUUUUUAUGGAAUAACUCCAAAAAUAUUAAAAGAAAUAAUUGAAAUAAAUUUAAGUACUAACAAGUGGAAUCCUGUUAUUAUAGAAAAAUUAGCACAUUCAUUUGUUUUAAAUUGCAAAUUACAAAGUAUUAUGUAUGAUUCUAUGAAUAUAGAAAAUGUUACAUUAAAAAAUUUUUCUAAAUUAGUUAUGGCACCAGAAAUUUUAAGAACAUACCACUGCUUUAAAUUAGGAAGACAAGCUGCUAAAUUAUUAGAAUCAAUUAUUUUAAAAAAAAAAUUCGUUAGAUUUCGAGUAAAUGAUGCUGUUGAUGUAUAUGAUUUUUUUUUUACGAAAAAAGUAAUUUCCAAUAAUAUUCACGAAGAUUUUAAAGAAUUUUUAAAAGAUAAAGAAGAAUAUGAAAAAAGACAAAUUGAUACUAUUUUACAACAUAGUCCCCUGAGUCAAGAACAGACAAAAAUUUUAAUUGAUAAUUAUGAAUGCUAUUGGUUUAAUAAUUUUGAAAAUUUUAAAACAUUAUGGAUGCAUGUAUCAAGUAAAUUAGGAACAGGUACAUAUAUAAAAAAUUUUUUCUCUGAAAUAUGGUCUAAUAUGCGUUAUUUGUUUAAAAAAAAAACAAACGUAAAAGAUGUUGAAUAUUUCCCUGCAAGCAUAUCUGAAAUAAAUCUUCUAGAUUAUUAUUCUCCAUUAGUAGUUUCGGAAAUUUUUUGUCAAGAACAAAUGCAAAUUCUCUUUUUGACUUUAAAAAAUGAUAAGCAUGAAAAUCGUAGUGAAAUUCCUGAUAAAAUAAAAACAGCUUAUUUUCAAUGUAAAUUUAAUUAUUAUAGAGAUAAUAAUAAUGACCCUAUUCAUAGAUUACAACCAAGUCAUUUUAUGGAUGGAAAUGUUUAUGUGUUCAAACAACCAUAUUAUCUAAUUUACAAUAUCGAUAAAACAUAUAAGAAAAAACUUGUAAGAUUAUUCUUAAGUGAAAAGACUUUAGAAUAUUUAUUAAUGGAUAAGAUUAGUAUACCUGAAUGUUUUGGACGUUGUACAACCAAAAAUUUUAAUAGGGUCAUCCUUCAAAAUCAGAGUCCAAAAUCAAAAGAAAUUGUAAUUCAAAACCGAUUAGUACCAUCUAAUAUUCCUCGUAAAGUAAAAGCAAGAAUGUAUAUAUAUGUUAAUGAAGCUUAUAUUCAUAAUUUAUAUACAGAUUAUUUAACCAAUGAAAAAAUAAGUAAAAUUGAUAUUGAAAACAACAGUGUUAAAGUUUGUAUGGGAAAAAGUACAUAUUUAGUGAAUUCUUUUCUUACAAGAUCACAUUUUGAUUUAUCUCAUAAACCAGUUUAUGAUUUUAAUCUUGAUCAUAACUUUUAUAUUUUUCUUAAAAAAAAUGAACAUUUAAUAGCUGGAAAUCCUAAUCAUGAAUGUUUUAUAAAUUAUGAUUUAUUAAUUACCAAUAUAGAUGUGGAGGAUCCAUACCGUGAUAUAAGCUCAGAUUUGAUAAAAAAUUUAUAUAUCUUAAAAAAUAAAUAG